AUGACUGAAAACUCAAUUUUAUCGACGCAAAAAGCCAGUGAAAAAGCAAUGACAGAUAUUCUUUCACAAGCACCUUGUCGUGAUCGACUCGUACGAACACCAACGGUUAUUAUCAUGGUGGGCUUACCAGCACGUGGCAAAAAUAAUGGUUUCUUUCGUGUGUUUACAGUAUUCAAUGUUGGUGAUUAUCGUCGUGAUGCUGUGAAAGUAUAUGCAGGCAAGGAAUUUUUCGAUCCGAAUAAUUCUGAAGCAGUAGCAAUACGAAACCAAUGUGCUGAGAAUGCAUUAGAAGAUAUGUGUGAUUUUCUUCAAAGUCAAGGUGAAGUAGCUAUAUUUGAUGCAACAAAUACAACUCGUGAACGACGACGUACAAUAUAUAAUUAUUGUACAGAAGUAUGCUGUUUUCGUGUAUUUUUUGUUGAAUCAAUUUGUGAUUCUCCAGAAGUUAUUCAAGCAAAUAUUCGAGAAGUGAAACUCAAAAGUCCUGAUUACAAAGAUGUACCACAAAAAGAAGCUGUCGAAGAUUUCCUUUCUCGUAUUGAACUCUAUGCAAAACAGUAUGAACCGAUUGAUGAUAAGAUAGAAGAAAAGCAUUAUUCAUUUAUCAAAAUUUUUAAUUGUGGUGAACGAUUUCUUGUUCAUAAGCUUGGCGGAAAUAUUCAGAGUCGAGUCGUUUAUUUUCUCAUGAAUAUUCAUGUUCUUCCGAGAACUAUCUAUCUCACUCGGCAUGGUGAAUCGGAAAUGAAUGUUCAACAGCGUAUUGGAGGAGAUUCACCAUUAUCACCAGCUGGUGAAACGUAUACGGAAGUUCUAGGUCAAUACAUCGCGAAGGAAAACAUCACGGAUUUGAUUGUUUGGACAAGUGAAAGGCAACAAGCGAUCAACACAGCAAGAAAGAUCAAUGCCCCCAAGGAGCAAUUGAAAGCUCUCAAUGGAAUCAGUGCCGGUAUGUUUGAGGGUCUAACCUACCGAGAAGUAGCUGAACGCUAUCCUGAACAGUUUGCUGCUCGUGAUCAAUCCAAAUACUACUAUCGAUAUCCGGGUGGAGAAUCUUAUCAUGAUCUUGUUGCUCGACUCGAACCAGUGAUCAUGGAAUUGGAAAGAGCAGAGAAUUUACUUGUCAUCUCUCAUCAAGCUGUAGCUCGUUGCAUUCUUGCUUAUUUUCUCGAUAAAGAUCCUGACUGUCUACCCUAUAUCAAAGUGCCGUUGCAUACAGUGAUUAAAUUGACACCGACGGCUUAUGGUUGUAUGAUUGAAUAUAUACCAUUAUCAGUUGAAGCUGUAAAUACACACCGUAGUAAACCAAAGAAUUGUGACCCCAAUCGACCGGUUGCAGAGGCACUUAAUGAAUUUCACGUCUCAUGUUUAGAAGCCAAACCGGGUCCAACGACAUGCCAGAUCAUUUACCAGAAUGCUGGUACAACUAUUGAAACGACAGAUGCUAAAGGCAAUCGACUACAGCGUAUGGAUAGCACAUUUGGUGAUGUUUCAGUGAAUAAGGAUCUUUCAUUAUCUCACGAUGGUAAAAUCCAACAAUCAUCAACACCUAAUUGA